AUAUGACUGCGCCGCCUCUGUAAACGCGUAUUUGGCGGUAGAGCUGGCGCUCAACUCUGUCGUGAAGAUCUUCACUGUCUCCAGCAGCCCUAAUUACUUCCUUCCUUGGCAGAAUAAGUCUCAGCGAGAAACCCUGGGUUCUGGUUGUUUUUUCUUUCAAAACUUCUGUUUAUAUACAUAUAUAUAUAUAUAUAUAUAUUGAACUUGCUUUCAGUUGCUUGCUUCAAUUUUUUUCCUCAUUUAAGAACCAUAAUAACAAUCAUUUGAGAAUAUCUUUAAGUAGUGAGAAUAACAAGCACACCCCAAAUAUUUUAUUUGCAGCUGUAAAUUAUGUUGGUGUUGGCUGAAUGGAACCGUUCAUCCAUCUUUACUCAUUUAUUGCUCCGUGAACUUGAUAAACUUUUACAGUUUCUGUCUAAAUUGCAUCUUCGUCGCAUCUAAUAUUACCGUUGGCUUCAUGAUAUCCUUGCAUUUUUGUUUCCCUUUUCUUACUUUUUGUUAUUUCUUGAGUACAUAAUAGCUUUGUUUUGGCAACAAUGAUAACAUCAAGAAGAAGAUUAAGAUUUUAUGAGGUCACCCCCCCUCUAUGGAUUUGAUCCAGCUGUGCAUUCAAGUAGAAACAUUUGAAUAUCAAAUACAGGUGUAAAAAAAACCCUAAUGCCGCUCUCCUGAUGUGGGGAAUAAUACGGGGGCAUCUCUCUGAUGAUAUUUUCAGAAUGAAGCCUGUUCCUUGAAUCAAAUACAGGUGCUCCAGCUACAUAUUUUAUUGUCAUCAGGUCUGUAUUUCCCUUGGCCUAGUGGUUUGGGAGAGGAGAUGGCCUGGCAUCUAAUCUUUAGACUUUACACAACCUUGCUUCCCACAGGCAGGGAGGUUAGGACAUGUGUAUACUGUAUGGGAUAAUGUACUUUAGCAAAAUCAUUUGAUCAAGUCAUGAAAGGGUCUGCUGAUGCUAUUUCUUUGACCAAUCAAACAUGGAACAACUACUACCAUCCCAAGCCUAGCAUGUACUUUUUUUGCUUGGGUUUUAUUAUCCCUGGUAAGAGGAUCUUGACAAAUGCUCACGUGGUUGCUGAUAAUACAUUUGUAAUGGUAAGAAAGCAUGGGUCACCUACUAAGUAUAGGGCAGAAGUUCAGGCUGUUGGACAUGAAUGCGAUUUAGCUAUUUUGGAAGUUAAAAAUGAAGAGUUCUGGGAGGGUAUGAACUUUUUGGAGCUCGGCGACAUUCCUUUCCUACAAGAAGCUGUUGCUGUAGUUGGUUAUCCUCAAGGAGGGGACAACAUUUCUAUUACUAAAGGAGUUGUAUCCCGAGUUGAGCCUACACAAUACAUACAUGGUGCAACCCAGUUGAUGGCCAUACAGAUUGAUGCUGCUAUAAAUCCAGGAAAUAGUGGAGGCCCAGCAAUCAUGGGCGACAAAGUUGUUGGAGUAGCUUUUCAGAAUCUUUCAGGUGCAGAGAAUAUUGGUUAUAUAAUUCCUGUCCCUGUUAUUAAACACUUUAUAGAUGGUGUGGAAGAAAGUGGAGAUUAUGUUGGUUUUUGCUCUCUAGGGUUGUCCUGCCAACCUAUGGAAAAUGUUCAACUACGAGACCGAUUCCAAAUGCACUGUGAUAUGACUGGUGUAUUAGUGAGCAAAAUUAACCCACUUUCCGAUGCAUACAGAGUUUUCAGAAAAGGGGACGUCCUCCUUGCCUUUGAUGGUGUUCCCAUAGCAAAUGAUGGAACUGUUCCUUUCAGAAACAGAGAGCGGAUAACUUUUGAUCAUCUAGUCUCUAUGAAAAAACCCAAUGAAAUGGCUAAAAUUAGAGUAUUAAGGAAUGGUGAAGAGCAUGAGUUGAGUAUAGUUCUUCAUCCAUUGCAGCCGCUAGUGCCAGUUCAUCAGUUCGAUAAACUCCCAUCCUAUUUCAUCUUUGCCGGUCUGGUCUUUGUUCCAUUGACCCAGCCCUUCCUUCAUGAGUAUGGAGAAGACUGGUAUAAUACUUCUCCCCGUCGAUUGUGUGAAAGAGCACUGAGAGAACUUCCUAAGAAGGCUGGUGAACAACUUGUCAUUCUUUCUCAGAUCCUGAUUGAUGACAUCAAUGCUGGGUACGAGCGUCUUGCUGAAUUACAGGUAAAGAAAGUAAAUGGGGUGGAAAUCAACAAUUUGAAACAUUUGUGCUGCCUUGUGGAAGACUGUAAAGAAGAAUAUGUGCAGUUUGAUUUGGACGAUGAGAGAGUGAUUGUGUUGAACUAUCAGUCAGCAAAAAUUGCCACUUCUCGGAUAUUGCAGCGCCAUAGAAUACCUUCUCCCAUGUCUACAGACCUUGUCAAAGAAGCCAAGGAUUCAUCAAUGUCCUGAUGGAUAACAUCUAAUCCUGGGUACGAGCGUCUUGCUCAUUACAGGUAAAGACAUUGAAAAAUGGGGUUGAAAUCGACAAUUUGAAACGUUUAUGCUGCCUUGUGGAAGACUGUAAAGAAAGAAGAUUUGGAGUUGGAUUUGGACGAUGAGAUAAGAGAGUGAUUGUGUUGAACUCUCUCACUCUGCAAAAAUCGCCACGUCUCGAAUAUUGCAGCGCCACAGGAUGAAUACCUUCUGCCAUGCCAACCAACAGACCUUGCCAAAAAAGCCAAGGAUUCAGCAGUUGAGUCGCCAAAUAUCCACCAUUUAAUUCAAAAACUCCAGUCUCUGUUGUUUUCCAAUCAUCUUUUAUUGAUGGAUUAUGCUACUUGUUGAGAAAGCUUUAUCGAAAAAAUUAAAUUUUAUUUUUAA